AUGAUCAAGGACUCCCAAGAGCUAAGAUUGACUGAAUAUAACCUCGCAUUACACAACGAGGCUCUGCAAAAGGACUCCCGCAUGGCUACUGUAGCAUGGGUUGAAAAAGUCAUCAUGGAAGAGCAAAUCCAUCAAUUCCAUUCACAGCUCAAAAUGAAUGACACCGAGCAGUUGAGUGGAAUGGAUAUUGAGGGUGACAUAGAGCGAAUCAACCAAAGCAUGUCUGCUAUGGAAUACGAUUCAACGCAAGCCCAGACGAUUGCAAGUCUUAAGCUCUUUGAGCAAACGCUGGGACUGUGCCUGGAGAGCCCACUAGAGCGUUUUCUGACACCAGAUGGGUGCAGUGACCCUAGUUAUUUUGCUCGACUGGCCUUGACACAGAUGGAUACUCCACUUGGCAGCAUGGAUAAAAGGGAUGAAAGGAGAGAGAUGGCAAAAAAGAACGUGGAAUUGGUGGUUAGUAGGAAAGAUUAG